AUGGAAAUGGUGAAUGCAAACUUCAAUGUUCAAAAUUUGUCAAACGUAGCAGUCAACGGUGUAGCUCUGGUUACAGGGGGCGCAGCAGGCAUCAGCGAAGAAACUGGCUUCGCAUUCGCUGAAGCAGAUGCUUCAGGCGUUAUCUUUGCGACCUCAACAUUGAGAGGGCCAAAGCGAGCGCAGAAAAGAGUAAACACUAUCGAGUCAGAGAGUGUUCAGGCAAUGGUCGAUCUCACAAUUGAGGAGUUUGGUCGGAUUGAUUACUUUGUCAAUAGUGCUGGAGUCAAGGGCCGCCAUGGGGAUGAGCGUUCGCUGGGUUUGGGGUGCAUCGUGAACCUUGGCUCUGGAUUGUCAUAUGGUGCAGGCCCGGGAAUGAUGGCUUAUGUUGCAUCGAAACACGCAGUGAUGGGAAUUACUAAAGUAGCUGCGCUGGAUAACGCAAAGCACGAAAUUCGUGUGAACGCGCUUUGCCCCUCAUGGGUGAAGACCCCCAUGUUAGAACGAAGUUUGGCUCGUUGGGCGGGACUCGAAAAAGUCAUACAGGCUGUCUCACCAGCAAGAAGAGCCGCAACGCCAGAAGAAGUAGCUAAUGUUGCCGUUUUUCUUUGUAGCCCUUCGGCUACCUAUGUCAAUGGAACUGGCUUGUUGAUUGAUGCUGGAAUGAUGGUUACUGCGCACGCAAGCUAA